UUUAAGUUUUGAUUUGUAAAACAAUUCAGUUUCUUGAAAAAAUAAUUAAUCACCAAUUUUAAUUCGAUAAUAUAGAGUACAAUGAACAUACACUUCUACUUGUGUGACAGGAAAUCUGGACUACCAAUACAAUUAAUUAAACAAAAGUAAAACAGGCUGACUGAGACUAUAAGAGUCCAGCAGAAAAACAUGAACUCCUCCUACAAUAUGUCUGACCAUUCGACCGUGCUACAGUUUCAGCAUCACUCUGUAUUGAGCUCUAUGCAGGCUUUGGUCAACGUCUCCAAUAAUAUGAGUGAAAACUUGACCAUCCUGACGUUGCUCCAGAACCAGUCUACGCUGACCUUCAUUCCGGCCAUGGUCUGCCUGGCAUUGCUCUCUGUUGUUGGGAUAAUCGGGAAUUCCCUAGUGCUCUUUGUGUACUGGAGAAAGUUUUCCCGGACCGCCAUGGGCGUACUUAUCAUGGAGAUAGCUGUGUAUGAUUUUCUCACAAACACAGUAGUCAUACCUGGGGAGAUAUACGAUAUGUUCCACCAGUGGGACUUUGAGUUUGCCGCCCUCUGUAAGGCUCGGAAAUUAUUUAAUGUCACAACUACAUUGGCGUCUGCAAUCACACUGGUAGCCAUCGGUGUCACGAGGUAUAAAAGAAUAUGUCAGCCUCUAAGAAAACAAGUAACGAUAACUCAGGUUUACAUCGGCACAACCUUUAUUGUGUUUGUCUCCCUUACCUCCUCUUUUCCAUUCGCUCUCCUUCACGGCAGACGCACCAGAAACACCUCUGUCUCUGGCGUGAUGGGGUACUCUUGCGACGUGGAUGACGCCUAUGCUGGCACUAUAUGGCCCAUAGUCAACUCGAUCUUCUUCGUGGCGGUCUACGCACUAGGCAGCGGCAUGAUAGUUGUGCUGUACGGUAUGAUCUGGUCCAAGGCGUGGAGGCACCGGACAUCCAUGACUAGAAACAUGAGCAGAAGUGCCAGCGAUUCCAAUCUUCUGAGAAAGCUGUCAGCUGAAGGUUCUUGCUCAGUGUCUUCCUCCAAUCGCCGUAGAAACAAGCGGCUUUCAAGGUCACUCCAGGCGCUGAACCGCGAACUGUGUCAGAGAGAAGACACCAGUAACCUUUACACACCGGAAACAGUCGAUCAGAGCACUUCCUGCGCCACUUUACACAUCGACCUUGCUAGCGACUCCACGCAAGGCAUCGAAACCGAGGCUCACAACCGAAGCGCUGAGAAAACCCGCAAGGCUAGUGAUGUAUUCACAAAUUUACUUAUUAACAUCCGGAGACGCUAUUCUGAAACCACUUAUCGUAAGGAAAACACACUUGAAACCUCAAGGUGUCACUUCAGACGAGAAACCUCCUCUGCCAACUCGACCUUAGUGUCCCUCAAACCAAGCCAGAAGUUAAACACAAGCGUUUCCCGCGAAAACUCAAUGUCAGAUAUCCACGCCCUAAAUAACUUGGAUGUCAGCUUCCAAAUUCAACGCAUAAGUUUAAGUAACAGGAGAUUCUUGGUCAAGCCUAAACGCGUUCAUGGCCGAGCCUCGGAAAGAUUCUCCUCCCGCUCGGUUCGGAGAAAGCGUCAACGAAAUUUCGGGCGCACCUCGUGCAUGCUCCUGAUCAUCAGCGUGGUGUUCAUCCUCAGCUAUCUGCCAUUUACCUGCCUGCAGGCUUUUAAGAACAUCGCCCCUGAGAUGUACCAGGAGUUGGAAGGAACAGGCUUGGCCUUGUUUCACCUCUUCUAUCGAUCCUACCUUGUGAAUAGCGCGUCCAAUGCUGUUAUUUAUAGCCUGUGUGACCUGCGAUUCAGACAGGAGACAAUAAAACUCUUCAAGAAAUCAUAGAUUAAAAACUUAUGUAUAUUAUUUAAAGGUUAAAUUGGUAGAUACAAGAUGUCAACAACUAAUUCUGUUCGGUCUUACAGACAAUUUGAGACCCUGUUAUGACAGAGUUUGGAGAAUUAUGAGUUAAGAGAUAAAUAGGAUCCUUGUGAGGUCUUCACUGUGUAUCAAAAACAGGGGAUCUUCACGUGUAAUGGAUGUAACCGUGGUACAACUGGCAAGCUAGUAACACGAAAUACUCACCUUUCCCUUAACCUGUCAUCUAUCUCUUAGUCUGUUGGCCAGUCAACCGUCUUUCUCUGUUCCUCUCUGUCAUUUACCUUUAAUAGAAUUUCAUUCACUGACAGGCCUGUCUAUUCUUUGAUGUUGUCUUCCCAUCGCUUUCUCUGUCUGUCUCUUCUUCUUCUUCCUGGUAAUAUUUCCUGAAGGAAGGAAGGUCUUUGCGAGAACUGAGGGCCAUAGAGUCUGAGUUUACGUUUUUUUGACGGUUAGCAGGCCAUCGUGGGGUCCAUUUGCUGUAUUAAUCCUGUCUCUCGUCUCUUCAUUUGUGAUGUGGUCUUUGCACGUGACACCUAGGAUCUUUCUGUAGCAUCUUAGUUCCAUUGCUAGGAUCUUUCUGUAGCAUCUUAGUUCCAUUGCUAGGAUCUUUCUGUAGCAUCUUAGUUCCAUUGCUAGGAUCUUUCUGUAGCAUCUUAGUUCCAUUGCUAGGAUCUUUCUGUAGCAUCUUAGUUCCAUUGCUAGGAUCCUCUUCUCGAGAUCUGCUGUCAGCGUCCAAGACUUGCAAGCAUAUAAAAUGUGACCGUGACCAGGGAGCGCAUCAGUCUGAUUUGAGUGUCGAGGGCUAGAUUGUUUUGAGUACUUCCCUACAGAUAUUAAAUGCUAGGAUUUUUAUUUCCCUUUUUUUUUUUAAUUUCGUAAGUGCAAUGAUUCAAUCUUUUUUCGCUUACGCGUUUGUAAAUGUUAAUACUACGAUUUGUUGAUGUUGAAUGUAACACACAAUUGUUUAUUAUCUAUCAAGAGUUUAUAGUUAAACUUUUCAAAAGAAGAAAAUAGCGGGUCUUUCACAACCAGAUUAUGACAAAUACGACUUCGUUAUUAGACUUUAGGCGCUAUUGUCAGCUUGAUUCAAAAACUAAGUUUUAAUGAAAAAAAAGAGAGCAGAUUUUGUUGUCUUUAAAGAUAAAGUAAAAACAGCAAAAAAAAAAUAAAAAAAUAAACCGACAGUUGACCCACAUUUAUUGUGUCCUUUAUUUCAAACAGUUUCCGUUUCGUAAAACUAAAAAGUCAAGAUGACCGAACCAAAAAAGUAUUUGUGUGCGGAAAAAUUUCCGCAUAAGUCACUUCUCAUGUUAUGGUAUUCUAAUAAAAAGGCUUGUCUUCGAGUCUGAAGAUUAAUGAGGAAUCGAGUAUUUCAAGUGACUACGCAGCCCCAUCUGCGACCUACAAAUUUUGCCACAUGCAUCGCAUGUAUAACUAUUGUCCGCCAUUGGUCGAUUCAGAUUCUCUUUUCGCCGUCUGCGCCUGUCCUCGGCAGCGGAUUUUCUUUUGGCCUCAAAUGUUUAUCCCGCGGCACUUGUAAGUGACUUCCAGCUGUCUCGUUCUGAAGUCCCCUGCAACCAGGUUCUCUCUUCUAUGUCAGUUCAAGUAAGUUGGAUGGUUUUUAAAUCGUUUCAGUGGGGCACCUCUGUUUUGUCGGCCACCUUUCAGCACACCAAAAUGGAUUGCUUUUGGCAUAUGGCAUAUGUUCGACCCCCAUGCGGGAUACGUGCUCUGCCCAAAAGCGCAACUGUCAGAUCAUAAGAGGUCCCUCUAUACUUUCCAUACCGGCGUUCUCAAGGACAUCGCUGUUUGUAGUGCGGUCUUGCCACCGUAUGUCCAUGAUGGAGCGCAAGCAUAAUUGGUGAAAGCGUUCUUAGUUGCUUUCUGUGUAAUACCCAUGUCUCAUAUCCAUAUAGAGGGGUUGAUAGAACCACUCCUAGCAAUAUGCGGUACUAUAAAUGACCUCAUACAUACAUAUUUCUUUAUGUAAGGUACCAACAUUGUUGCUGUAAACCAGUGAUGCCCAAUCUAAUUCGACCCGCGGGCCAUUUUUAUUUCCGACAAUCGUGUCGCGGGCCACAUGAAAAAAAAAAGUCGGCCUAAAAAAACGAUAUUAACUUGAAACCCGUAGAUCCUGUGCUUCAUUAAUUAAUGGGAUAUUUGAAAUGUAUCUUUUUUUCCCCGCGUCAGAAGAUGGCUUUAUUUCUCUACUUAAAAUAUCAGCAAGAUUGGGCUUCAUUCCUCUACUUAGAGCAACAUUGUAGCUAGCUUUACAACCGAGUCAUUUUCCUGUCUCUCUUUUUGGUAAAUAUUCCCAUCAAUCCUCCAAUUUCUAGGCUUAGUUUAACAAUCUUUUAUUCGCGGCUCAAGCCAAGAAUGCCGUCAUAUUUGUUUCAUAAUGUCGUUUAUAUGUUGUUGUUUUAUUUUAAAUAGCCACACCUUCUCUAUAAAAAAAAUAUGUUGGCUUAUUAUCAUGUUCCACAAAAAAGAAAAGAACCGUGUCACUUUUCCUGGUAGAAAACGUACAUUCUACACUCAGAUACCUAUUUCAUAAACGCACAAAUGUUAAAUGUGAUGGAACUUAUCACCAGGAGAAAAAUCGAGGGCCCUAAGCCCCUAACGUAAGUAAAGAUACAUUUGUACAAUUUUUUUUGGAAAUUGGGGGGAUUUUCUACACAUUGUACCGACAUUUCGGUGGGCCGUACUUUGGGCAUCACUGCUGUAAACUGUUUGAUUCAAUGUCUUUACUGGUCUACACUGAAAUAUAUAUCUUUAACAUUUUUUAACAAAUGUAUUUAUGAUUACUGUAAACAUAUUUAAAAAAACAAAAAAGAUAAACUUCAUUCUGGUACAACAAAUCUAUAUACGCCUCUGAUGAUGAACUAAAAGUCAAUUAACAAUCGUUAUCAUUUCAAUCUAAAACUAUUUAGCAUUUUGUUUGUCUGGCAUUUUUUUUUUCACAUUAACCAACAGAAUACAAUUUUUAACAAGAUUA